GGCGUAAUGAAAAGAAACUGUAAGCAAAAAAAAGACAGGCUUACAUUGGGUGCAAACAAGUAAAACAAGGGUAACAACAAAAUAAAAGACGGUCUGCAAUGGAUGCGGAAGGAACGAAAGUUGCAGAAUUUAUCUUACAGCACAUGAGUGACAUCAUCGAGGGGCUCUCAGAAGCAGGCACCAUGCAGGCAGCAGACAAGUUGCUUGGGAAGAAGCUUAUUGAGAGUCAAACUUAUGACAGGAUUCGGAAUGAAUCGAUUCCGGCAGAGAAAGUGAGAGCGCUGUAUUCUGCCAUGAGACCUGGGGAUCAGCAGUCAUAUCUUGUCUUUUAUGAGUACCUGAAACAAAAACAGCAAUUCCUCAUGAAUCAACUGGAAGAAAAAGCCAGGAAUGAAACUGACUCUGGGCCUCCAGGAAAGAAGCCAAGGUUCGAGGAACCUGUUCAGAUGCAAGUCCAAGAGGCCAGGCAUGAAACAGACUCUGGGUCCUCUCUGAGUGAGUAUUCUGAAUGCAAUUAAAGGAGCACGGUCACACUUUUUUCACUUAUGCUUAUUUGGAUUAAAUACUUAAAUGUAGGCAUUUUUAAAAUCACCGUCAGUGUAGAUGUUUCCUAGAUAUGAGGAAAAAAAAACACAUGCUGUGACUUUUGGCUUGAAUUUCCAGCCUAUGUUACCCAGAAGGUAAUGUGCGCUUAAACUCCACCCUUGAACACAAAGACUGGUGUGAUAUCAUGAGAGGCCGUGUUGCCCCGGGCAGGGUGUGGCAGUGCAGGUAAGGACACGAAUCAGGGAUUCAAACGAAAACAGAAGGAUUUGAAUAAGUCAAUUUCAAACAAAGGUUCUUCCCAAAAAUGGGGUAUUUCAAAGAAUACAAUAUUACUUCAAGUCAAAAUAUUAGCUGUCAACAAAACAGUUUGACCUUCCUCCAGGUUUCAAAGUGUCCUUUUCAUUUCAUCAAAGUUUUCACACACAAAGUACUCUCCCUCCUUGAUUUGUUUGGCCGUUGACCUUUUUUCGCCUGCCGCAAUCAGGUGACUCAAGCUCCGGCACCUGUCUUCUGCCCCGUGUUGGUUGCUGGGAUGUUGAGUCUUUGGCCCGGCGGCCAUUUUGUGUUGUUGUCCCUCAGGUUGCCAGCAGAUGGGGACAUAGUGACCAUCAAUCACCUGUCCCCUGGUGAUGCCACACUGGUUUAUGGACGGCCACCAAUCCCGGCGAGCAUAUAAAUAUCACGGAACCUGACUUCGCUAGCCUGAGCGAUAUGACAGACAGCUCUGACUUCCCCAAGUUAGAGAAUUAUCUUUUAGAUUUUGACGGAGAAAUACAACAUUACAGUUUUGAACCGGAACUCACAGAGGAAGAAUUGCUUUUGUGAGAGAGACAGACAGCGAAGGAUGAGGCAGCCGAAACUUACAGUUUUCUAGGAGCUUAUUAUUGGCUAUUUGAAUGAGUACUCCAUGGCGAACGACUGGGGAGAGGUGUAAGAGUUGUGCUGCCAUCAUGUGUAGUCUCUGCAGCACGUCAAAGAUACUCUUCUCCCAGGUCAAUGGUCAAUAUUUUGGAUUUCUGGACAUAACGAUAAGCUGUCAAACACCUGUAUGAUUCAUGUGAUAAAGUAAUUGUCCCCUUAGUUACUCAAUCAAUUUAACCAAAUUUAACUGAUAAUUUGAUUGAGUUGAUUGAACAGAGCCAGGCCUGAUUGCAGCCAACCCUGUUGAAUCUGAACUUCACUCAUAUUGAUCUUUACCAUCAGUGUGAAGUAGUCACCACAAAGUUUCUACAAGCGCACCAUGAUAUCAAAUUAUAGGGAGCAUUUGGGUGCAGUUAUUGCUGGUGAAGGUGAUGCAACCAGUUAAGGCAAUUACUUUUUCACAUGGGAGCUAUGGGUAUUUGACAGCUCGUUCAGUAAAAUGAUAAUGAAAUGAUAAUUUAAAAACGUGCUUUGUGUUUUUUUGGGUACCCUUAUCUGAUAUUGCAUUUUGUCUGAAGAUCUGAAUCCAUUCAGUGUGCGAAAUAUGCAAAAAUAGAGGUAAUCAGGAAGGGGACAAAAAGCAUUGUACUUAAUAGCUACCAAACAACCAAAUCUGGCAGGCUAGCCCAAGUUUUCACAGCCCUUUCUACUGUAUAUAUCUACAGUAACAGUCAGUAUCCCUUAUUUUAUGUAAAGUUAGAGGACAUUUUUAUAUGAACGUAAAAAAAGGAGAAAUUAAAGUGGCUCAAUGGUAAAGAAUAGAUGACCCUUGCACUGCACUGGAGGCCUUGCAUUGUCCACGACACACAGCAUUAGCACCAUAUAGGAAGGGUUUGUUUUGCAUUCAUUCCUUUUUUCACUGUGCAAUUUUCUCUUCCACUGUGUUUGAGCAUCUGCGACUUUGUUUUAAUAAUAUGUAGAGUAAUUUGGGGUUUUAGCAAAUAAAGCCCAAGGGUUUCCUUCAAGAAGAGACCCAGAUUGUGCCUGUUGUCAAAAGGGUUCAAGAAUAGUCACCAUUUUAUUUGGGUAUGUUUGUGUUCAGAAAAUGGAUGGUACAUAUGGGGUUAAUACAUCACUAUUUCAUUUAUUUGCACUUUAUUUGAUGCAAUAUUUUAUUUGAUUGCCUUUUUUCCAACAUUUAAUUUUGCAAUUUAAUCAAUUCAGCAUAUAAUAACUGUUCUUAGCCCUCAUACUGUUCUGCCCUCCAUACUGUUUAUCAAUAAGACCAAUGUUUUUUGUCAUGCCACCUUUCAAUCUAUCUUAUAAAAAUGCUCAUAAAACAAUGUUUAUUUUCUAGAUUUCGCAGGCUAUACUCUCACCAAAUUGUUGGAGCAUGUUGAGGACCAAAAGAAAAUGGAAAGUCUGGCUAAGUCAUUGGAACUAAGACUUAAAGACGGAGAGAUGAAAAAAAUUGAAAGCUUGCUAAAGACUCGUGGGCUUAGAAAUGAUGUUCAUUUUAAGCAUGAUGACUUCAACACAAUCUGUGUCAACACGGAGUUGAGGGCAUUUUUGCAAACCAAUGAAGGCUAUUGAUCCAUUUUUUAUGGGGAAGAAUGAUCCAAGAAAAAAGUCGACGGAGUCUUCUACAACACAGGAAGAGAGUUUGCACAAAUCACCGAUUGGGUCUUGUGACAGUGGUUAUGAUAGUUUAACCCAGCAGUCUUCACUGAGCUUCCCCGACCCACCACAAGAGGCCCAAAGAGAAUUGGGGACUGGCAUAGGGACGCUGAUCCCACCAUCAGAACGGAAACAGUCAGACCCUGAUGAGGCUGCUAAUGGAGCAACAGACAUGGCAGUUAAAUCUGCAGCUGCUACCUCAGUAGCUACACCUAGAGCUACAGCAUCAGCAGCUACAACUGCAGUUACAGCCUCAGCAGCUACAGUGUCAGCAGAUACAACUGCAGCUAUACCUGCAGCUACAGCCUCAGCAGCUACAGCAUCAGCAGACACAACUGCAGCUACACCUGCAGCUACAGCCUCAGCAGCUAAACCUGCAGAUAUAGUGUCAGCAACUACAACUGCAGCUACAUCCUCAGCAGCUACAUCUGCCACUUCAGCAGCUACAGCUGAAGCUACAAACUCUGCAGCUUCAAGGGCAGCUACAGCAUCAGCAGAUACAUCUGCCACUUCAGCAGCUAAACCUGCAGAAACUGUAGCUGCAAAUGGAGGCAGACCCAACUAUGGCAAUCCUAAGAAACAACAAAGUGGACAAGUAUGUAAAAAGUCAAUACUGACGAAUGAACAAAAGGCAAUUUUACGCAAGUUCUUGAUUAAACAAAUCCCCUCUGAGAAAUUAGGAACCGAGGAGGAACUAAAGGAAAUUAUAGCUUGCAUCACAAUUAUGGACUUCCAUGAUCACCCGCGUUACCCUUUACUGAGGGCUUACGACUGCAUUGUGUUUCGUGACCCCAAAACAAACCAAAGGAAACUUGUCGAAAUUUUGAAUGACAAGGCCUACACACCGAAUGGCAAUUUGAAGAAGGACUUAAAUUUUAAAGUGCAGUUUCACAUGUGGUUGUUGGAACUUUCUGAAGCACUGCUUCUCUCAGAAAAAGAGGAGACAGAGGUUACACAGUCUUUUCAACCAGAGGAGAAGACAUUUCGGCAGUACCUCCAUGACCUUGUUGUUCCUGUUCUGGCUGUCUAUAAGAAAGCUCGACUGGAAAAUGAACUUUCAACCUUUAAAUCAACCUGAUGCUAAGGAGGAGGAUUGUAACCAGACAACUAAUAUCUCCCCUGUUUUGCCUAACUAAAUAAGGUAGGAGAAGUACAUUGUCUGAAAACCAGAGCAAGUGGAGCAAACGUUAGACUUCAUAGGUUCAGUCUGUGAUGGGUAAGAAUUAUUAUGGAGCCAUGGAGGGGAAUACACUGCCACUGUCAAUCAAGCAGGUGCAGAACCCAUUUGCUUUGAAGACAACAAUCAAGCAGCGUUGCUAAAUAAAGAUGUGAAUCAUGCCAUGUUUAUAUAAAAAAAUUAACUGAUGCAAUGUUUAAAAAGGCGGCACGGAUGGUGCAGUGGGUAGCACUGCCGCCUCACAGCAAGGAGGUCCUGGGUUCAAAUCCCUGUCGGCCAGGGCCUCUCUGUGUGGAGUUUGCAUGUUUUCCCUGUGUUUGCGUGGGUUUCCUCCGGGUAAUCCGGUUUCCUCCCACAGUCCAAAGACAUGCAGGUUAGGCUGAUUGGAGAGUCUAAAUUGCCCAUUGGUAUGAGUGUGUGAGUGAAUGGUGUGUGUGCCCUGCGAUGGACUGGCGACCUGUCCAGGGUGUAUUCCUGCCUUUCGCCCCAUGUAUGCUGGGAUAGGCUCCAGCCCCCUUGCGACCAUGUUCAGGAUAAGCAGGUUAGGAUAAUGAAUGAAUGUUUAAAAAUCUCUUGUAUUUAAUUAUGCGAUAUGUUUAUUCAUUGCUCAGAUCUAUGUUGCCUGCCAUCAUUUUGUUUUAGUCUUAAUCUUAUGAAAUUUGUCAAACUAAAUGAAACUGUUUAUUAACGAUGUGUUGAUUGUAAAUCAGAUAUAAAUGUGAUUUGUCUUGACAUUUGUUAUUUUAAUAAUGUAUAAGCAUGAUUUAUGUACUUGUAGACAAAUGGAUUACCUUUCUAUUGUCCCCUAUGUUGUAAUAUCUUCAUGCUUUAUGAUGAACAGUUCAUGGGCCCUUUUCAUUGUCUUUGUUAUUUGUUGUGUUAUUAUGUGAUGUGUGUUUAACUAUGAGAUAUACAAUGUGUCAAACAGAAAGCGUAGUUUAUUUGCUUUCCACUGGGUGGCAGCACUGUAAAUCUACCCUCAGGUGUGACUUCAUGUCUGUAUAUUGUACAAUUUCAACGGUAAGUCCGUGUUUAUGUUUUGUUACUUACUUCCGUGCGUUUUAGAAUAUUUUAUGAAUGGAGUGUUUAAAUGGAAAUUAAAUUUGAUGUCAAAUAAAAUAUACUUUGUUCAUAAAACA